UUUAUAAUAUAUGGUAGAAUUCGAAUUAAAUUCAUUAAACUUUUUGAUUCAGAUUCAGAGAUAUGUAUAUUAAAUUUUAUUGAUCGAAGAUUCGAAUCUUAAAAAUUCGAUCGAGAAAUGAAUUUAAUCUAAAUUGUCGGGUCGUGCAUGAUUUUAUGAACGAUAAAAUAUAAAUUGAUUCGAAAGAUACGUGCGACGUAAUUAUAAUCAUAAAUAAUUGUUUAAAAAAAAAUAUAAUAUACGCAAAUUAAGAGAAUCGAAAUAAUCGCUAAUAAGUUCGUGCAUCGAUAGAUUGCAGAGAAAUUUAAAUUUUAUGAUUUCGCUUAAAAAAAAGAAAACCGCUUUUAAUUAACAAUUGGCACGCUUUGAUUCGAAGAAAACCGGUAUCCUUACGAUAAAUUUGAUAACGCGAUUCAACAACGAUAAAAAUAGCGUUAGAAAAUGAUUUUCAUUGUGGCGUUAAAAAGAGGAUAAUAUAAAAGCAUCUACGGUGUAAACGAUCGCGAAAGUGAAAGCAGACUGUAUGUAUGUACGCGCGUGUGUGUAUGUAUAUAUAUAUAUAUACAUAUAUAUAUAUAUAAAUAUGGAGUAUUCAAUCGACCUCGGAAUAGCGCAACGGUUGGCUCGCGCACGAUAUCUAACCAAACCUGUUAAAAGGGAUCUGUAUUGGAGAACGAGUGCGUUAUUUAAAAGGAUAUAAAAAUGCAUGUUGCACGAGUCACAGUUGCAUCUAUUAUUAUUAAUUAAUGUUAAAGUUUCUUUUCAACGGAUAGUAAAUUUACGUAAUAUUUUGUUUCGAAAUAUUAGUUGUUCGAACGAAUUUUCCUUUCCUAGAUUCUUCCUAGUUAAUAAUCGUUUGCAUCAAAUCGUUGCAUCAAUCGUUACCGGUUCGCUUAUCAUCACGUUUUGUCGAUGUGACAAAAAUAGUAGUACAAGUAGUAGCUCGUUUAUUCAAGAAACUACUUUAUCGAUCGUAAAAAGUAAAUAAUUUUAUUUAAAGAUGAUUUUUUUUACAUAUAUCGAUUGAUGUAUCGUAGAGGGAAUUACGCCAUAAAAUUGGGGAAUUCGUUUCGCGUGUAUAUAUAUAUAUUAAGAAACACGAUUAUUCGUGAGUAGAACGAAAGAGCGUGGGUACGUUAAUCGACGUCUGAUCGUAACACAAAUAACAGAAAAGUCUCACGGAGAAGAGCAAUUGUGUACGAAGAUGCUUUGCAUACAAUCUUGAGUUCAACCGUUCUAAGGACUUUCACUUGGAAUUUACGUCAAAGGGAAGUGAACUAACCCGGCGAUAAAUCAGUUUACAAUUAAAUUUUCUUUCACACUUGGAUCUUUCGUUUCGUAUUAUACUUCUUCUUUUUUUUUCCCCCUUUGUUCCCCGUGGGAAAUCCACUAUAUCUCUUUCUUAUUAUAUUCGUUAACGGGUGCAGUACAACUUUUUCCAGAUCAAUAUAAAUCCUUUCUACUCGAGAUCUCCGCGUUUAUAUAAUUGUCUUUAAUUAUCUUUCGUACAUUUUUUUUUAUCGAUCGAAAAGAAAAUGCGUUUUUUCUCCCCCUCCCGCCACUUAGAUUAAAUUUCUCCUGUCUUUAAGAUAAAUUUCGAUUCUGAUUAGAAUUUGAACCGAAAUAACACCUUUCUACUGGAAAUUCGAUACUUUCACGUUUUUUAUCGUUACUCGCGAUGAAAUAAACAAACGAUUCCCGUUUACGAACAUAUCUCGCUGUAACGUAGUUGGUUCAUCGCUCCUUUUCACUACCAACAACCACGCGAUGGAUUAACACAAGGGAACGAUGAAUCGUGGUAUUUCAACAAGUCUGUCGAGCGGAUCGCCAAAGCCUUGAACGGUAUCCAAACGGUAUUCUCUACAGGAGAACGUAAUUCCCAGACCAGACGAAUUCUCAGUUUGUCGCGUGUUCUCGUCGCGAUAGUAUACUACUUGCUUUCUUUCGCGUUUCCAUCUCUCGUGAACGCGAUUCCUCUCGACCCGAACUCUUACUCGGUCGAUGAAAGUCGAGUCGAGUGUUGUCCAAACACUGUUCGAAUUACUACCGAGUUGACCGAGCGUUCGUAUCAACGUGGGAGUGGUUAACCGUUAGAUAGAAUCAGGAAAUGAAAAUGCGAGUCGGAUCGACUCUCCACCUUUUCAAUAUCUUGCUUCAAAUCCACCUCUGGACCACGAUCGUCGCUGGCGACGAGGAUAAACUUCGCGUGAUCUUCCAAUGGAAACAGCUCGAUUACGAAUGGCCGAACAACGAAACCAAACUUCUCUUCCCAGGAUACAAACAGGAGGACAACCUUCCCCUUGGCCUCGAGAUUACGAGCACCAGGAUAUUUGUCACUGUGCCGAGAUGGAGGCGCGGUGUCGUUGCCAGUUUGAAUUACUUUUACGUAAAUGAUACACGGGAAUCUCCUACUCUGAUACCUUAUCCUUCUUUCGAGGCGCAUCAAUACGAGGCUGGAAGCGUGCCGGAGAUCAUUUCGCCGUUUCGAAUCCGAGUGGAUCGAUGCGAAAGAUUGUGGGUCCUCGAUACUGGAUUUACAGAUAUUUUGCAAAAUCCGGAACAAGAGGCGCCGCCCGCGUUGCUCGUAUACGAUUUAAAAAACGACCGAUUGCUACGAAAAUUCGUUAUCCCCGAGGAUCAAAAAACGCACGAUUCUCUUUUCGCGAAUAUCGCGCUCGAAGAUUACUCCUGCGAGGAUACCUUCGCUUAUCUGGGCGAUCUGGGUGGUCCCGGACUGGUGGUCUACUCGUGGAAGUCGAGAAAAUCAUGGCUCGUCAAGCAUCGCUUCUUUCAACCCGAUCCGCAAAGCGAGGAAUUCAACGUGUCGGGAAUUUCGUUCCAUUGGACCGACGGUUUGUUCGGUAUGAGCAUCGCGCCAUCUAACGAUGGAUACAGCGUGAUGUAUUUCCAUCCACUUUCCAGCACCAUGGAAUAUUCGGUUAGUACCAAGAUAUUGAGAGAUCCUGAACGCGCCAAUUCUCCAGACAACUUCAAAGAAUUUCGGGCUCUUGGGUCUCGCGGACAUAAUGGUCAGAGCAGCGUCAGCUUCUUGGACCCGAACACCGGAGUUCUUUUCUACGCGUUAACCAAUUUAAACGCUAUUGCGUGUUGGAAACCUCGAAAUACGUUCACGCUUCACCAACAAGGCUUUAUUUAUCAAAACAGUAUUACGAUGGUUUUUCCUAACGAUUUAAAGAUCGAUCAAAAUGGAAAUAUUUGGGUACUCUCGGAUCGUUUGCCUACCUUCAUGUAUGCACGUUUGGAUCCCGAAGAUUAUAAUUUUAGAAUUCUUAUGGGAUCCGCCAAAGAGGCUAUAAGAGACACUGUUUGUUCCACGAAUCCAUCGGAAAAUUAUCUGACGACUGCCGUUCCUCCGGAAAUGUUUGAAAAUUCUAGUUGCACGAACGAAAUUCGAUCGAUUCUCGUAUUCGCAAUUGCCUUAGUUCUUCUCGCGAGAACGUCUAUUUGAAAAAUUUUACUUAAUUUAAAUCCUUUCAAUCACGACUAAAUGUAUUUGUAUUUCAUAUAUUUUUCAAAAUUAUUUCCAAGUUUAAUCUUAGGAUAAUUUGUACAGUCGGCAAAGUAGAGUAUAUAAAUAUAAUAGUUAUCCUAAUGCUCAUAAAUAGCAUUGAAAAUAAAGCAAGAUAUUGUCAAAAGUAUGCAAUUUACUUUAUAUCAAUGCGAUGAAUAUAUAUUAUGUCUAUAUGUAUAUAUUGAUUGACAUCAUUAGGUAAAAAUAUAUUUUCUUUUAUUGUUCCUAAAAUAUAGUUGGAAUGGAAAAAAGUGAUUUCAUCCAAUAAUUGAAAUAAAAAUAAUUUAUAAAACAUUAUUGGGACAUACGUUAUCCCAAAGAUGAUUGAAAAAAGAAAAAAUAUUUAUAGAAAAUUUUUAAUUUCAUCGCAAUAAUCAUCAAAAAAUAUUAUUCAUUUGUAUAAGAAAUACAAUGCCGUGUUGAAAGGAUUAACAAGAUCUUAGUAAUAAUGUAACAAUUUCUUAGAGGUACGUAAAAAAAUAUAGUAUGUCACGUGAUUCGAAAAUUUCGAAAAAGUCUCAAAAUUAUUCGAUUCUUCGAAAUUCCAGAGAAUCCUGAAAUUUUCGAACCAAGUAUUCGGAUUCAAGCAUUUCUAAAUUUCUUGAAACGCCGAGAAUAUGUCUCGAACAUUGUGAAUAUGCUUUCGUGUGAACAGGAAGAGAUGAGAAUCGAGAUGUUAUUUUUGUCAAUAACGCGCAUAAUCGAGUUUCUUUCCAAUCUUGAAAAGAUUUAUAAAAUUAUAUCGGAUUGCAAAAAAAAAAAUUAUUGAAUUUUUUUUCGAUGGUAUAUGUUAUUUGACGAUUGUGAAAAGAAACUUGAACGAAUAGACGACUGAUUAUUAGUUACAUAUAAAAUGAUUCAGAUAUUGAAAUAAUUAUAAUAUCUGAUUUAGAUAAAUAUAUGUAUAUAAUAUAUUGGACUUUAAUAAAAAAUAUCAUGUACAUAUA